UCCCCUCCAGUCCUUCCCUCCUUUCUUCCUCUCUUGGAAGUGGCUGCCCUCCCGCCCUUUCUCCCUUUCCUCCCAGGUUCCAGAGGCUCACUGGGGUCUGGCUCUGCCUUCCUCCCUUCCCUCCUGAAGAGCCUCUCCAAGGCAGGACCGACUUAGGGCUCCAUCGCCCAGGAAGAAGGAGGGCAUCGCCUCUUCACUCGGGGCGGCUCACAUCCUCCCCUCCUCCUCCUGAAUUUCCCAAGGCAUUGCAAUCACGAACAAUCAUGUUUGAAAUUAAGAAAAUCUGCUGCAUUGGGGCUGGUUAUGUUGGUGGGCCAACAUGUAGUGUCAUUGCUCAUAUGUGUCCAAAGAUUAAGGUCACUGUGGUUGAUGUCAAUGAAGCUAGAAUCAAUGCCUGGAAUUCUGACACACUUCCAAUUUAUGAGCCAGGGCUAAAAGAAGUGGUUGAAUCCUGCAGAGGCAAGAAUCUCUUUUUUUCCACCAACAUUGAUGAUGCCAUUAGAGAUGCUGAUCUUGUGUUUAUUUCCGUUAAUACCCCAACAAAGACCUAUGGAAUGGGAAAAGGCCGAGCAGCAGACUUGAAAUAUAUUGAGGCCUGUGCGAGACGAAUUGUGCAAAAUUCAAAUGGUUAUAAAAUUGUGACUGAGAAAAGUACUGUCCCUGUCCGUGCUGCAGAGAGCAUUCGCCGUAUCUUUGAUGCCAAUACAAAGCCCAACUUAAAUUUACAGGUUUUGUCUAACCCAGAAUUCCUAGCAGAAGGCACAGCAAUCAAGGACCUGAAGAAUCCAGACCGGGUGUUGAUUGGUGGUGAUGAGACUCCUGAGGGCCAGAAAGCUGUCCGUGCGCUGUGCGCUGUUUAUGAGCAGUGGGUGCCCAAUGAGAAAAUUCUUACCACUAAUACCUGGUCUUCUGAACUUUCCAAACUGGCAGCUAAUGCUUUCCUUGCCCAGAGGAUUAGCAGCAUCAACUCCAUAAGUGCCCUUUGUGAAGCAACGGGUGCUGAUGUUGAAGAGGUUGCAAGAGCCAUUGGAAUGGACCAAAGAAUUGGAAAUAAAUUUCUGAAAGCCAGUGUUGGAUUUGGUGGCAGUUGUUUUCAAAAAGAUGUUUUGAAUCUGGUUUACCUUUGCGAGGCUUUGAAUUUGCCAGAAGUUGCUCGAUACUGGCAACAGGUAAUUGAUAUGAAUGACUAUCAGAGAAGAAGAUUUGCUUCACGAAUCAUAGACAGCUUGUUUAACACUGUCACUGACAAGAAGAUAGCUAUUUUGGGAUUUGCAUUCAAAAAAGACACAGGCGACACAAGAGAAUCUUCCAGCAUCUACAUCAGCAAGUAUUUAAUGGAUGAAGGUGCAAAACUUCAUAUCUAUGACCCCAAAGUGCUACGGGAACAAAUCAUUCUGGAUCUUUCUCACCCAGGUGUAUCUGAGGAUGAUCAAGUUUCUCGACUGGUUACCAUAAGUACAGAUCCCUAUGAAGCAUGUGAUGGAGCCCAUGCCCUUGUUAUCUGCACAGAGUGGGAUAUGUUUAAGGAGCUGGAUUAUGAGCGCAUUCACAAAAAAAUGCUGAAGCCAGCAUUCAUCUUUGAUGGCAGGCGAGUCCUUGAUGAUCUUCAUAAUGAACUGCAAGUCAUUGGCUUCCAGAUUGAAACAAUCGGAAAGAAGGUAUCAGCAAAAAGAAUUCCAUUUGCAUCUUCAUCUGAUAUACCAAAGUUUAGCCUGCAAGAUCCUCCACUCAAGAAGCCAAGAGUAUAAGUUUUAAUUAGUAUGUAAGGAUUGUAACAAAUCACGCCAUGUGAGCAUGAUUCAAAUGGGAAAAAAUGGGCAUAUCUCUGAGCAAAGUUAAGCACUGAAGUACUUUUUUAUUUCAGUGGGAGAAAUAAGGCAUAUGAUCAAAUGCCCCACACUGAAAUCAAGGGAACUAAAUAGUGUUUAAUUCUGGCUAGGUUGUGCUCAUUAUUUCCUAACAAUUUAGACAACGUUACAUGAGUAGUGCAAUUGUAUCUGGGACAUUUCAAUCCAGAAUUUAUUUUAUAAUCUCUAUUUUUAUAUUAUUGGAAUUUCGAUCUUUGAAGUAAAAACCUGUACAGUCAGUUGAUUUUCAUAAUGAUUUUUAUAUUAAAAAAACCACCAUUCACUUCAGACUUCAAGAUUUCUACCAUAACAGGUUUACCAACUGCACUUUAGAUUUUUAUGACAUGUUUUCAAAUUCUAAAAAAAUCAAGGAUUUCCCUGUUGUUUUUUCUAUUCUUAUACUACGAAACAUUAUUCAUGGAAUUUUUGAUUCUUGUUGCAGUGUGGGGAAUUUAUUGAAGGAUCAGUUCUUAUAAUAAGUGAAUGCCAGAGGUUAAUGGUGUGUUUGAAGUUACUAGUGUGAAAAGCAGUCAAACGCAAGCUGGUCCUCAAUUUCUUUUAUGCUGCUAGCAUAAAGUUACAUUCCAGGUUAAGGAAGACUCACUUUAUGUUCUAGUAAAUAAAAAACUCUCUCACUUUGAGAUAAAUGAUUCCACUAACAAUGGGACAAGCUGAUCUGAACUAAACUCAGUGAGAGCAUCCUUCAACAGCUUGGUAAUAUUGGGGAUUGGGGGAGCACCUCAGUCUUACAAAUGAUCUUGUACCCCUUUUCUCUCCUGGGUAAUUUUGGGAUUUAGCUGCCUUCUAGAAGAAGUGAGAGCAUUUAGCUCAUCCUGCUACUUUUCCAUUGAGGAGGAGGAGGCUAGCUGCUUCUUCACUGUGCUUCAGCUUCACUCCCAACACAAUGUUGACAAGCAGAAGCAGCUAGUUCUUGAAGCUCUGGCUUAAUGCCACUGACUUUCCUUCUCCUCAAGGGCAAGGUAAGUGGGUAAAAUGCCAGAUACUUGAUCAAAUUGUCAGCUGGAAGGUAUAAUUGAUACUUUGGCAGGGAGAACCAUCACGUCCCCAAUGUUAGUGUCUGUACUUCUGAUGUCUUCUGGCCCACAGCAGGCGGCUAGGAUAGAAAUCUGGUCUGGCAGCCUAAACCAGCCCUCCUCUUCAUUCUAGUGUACAGGUUUGUUCCUUAUCAUUACUUUAGUAUAUUAACAGUGCAAUACAAUCUUGUCUGUUUCGAGCUAUGUCCCAAUGCAGUCACUGGGACUUAAAGCCAAGUAAAUGGAUAUAGGAUUGACGUCUAAAACAACAUAACUUGGGGAAUUAAGAUUAAGUCAUUUUCCAAGUUUCUAUAGUGAUUCUGAAACAUUAGUCUUAGCCACCUUAUUACAUGCUUCCUCAUUUUGCUCUCUUUGCCAAGGUAUGCCCAGUAUGUCUUUUUCAAAUGGUAGGCUUCACUAGAACUGUCAUGGUUAGUGCAAAGGGAUGAGUUCCCGCUUCUCUGCUACUAGGAUACUGGGCCAGAAACUGGCAUUCCAAUGAGUGCAAUGUGAAUGAGUAAGUAACCCUCACCUCAUCAUUUGCUAUGCUGCCUAGGGCUGUUAGGAGUUGCAGUCCACAUGUUCCCCAAAAAACAAAUAUAGAUGUUUAACAUCAAAACUUUGAAUGAAUGGAAUAAUGCCAUAUUUAGGACCACCACACAAACCCUGUAUUACCAAUGCUAUCUUGAAGCUCUGAGUUAAUGUGCAAGAAUUUUACAACAGCAAAACUGUCAUAUUAAUCAGGUUGCUACCUCAUUAUGAUUACAAAAAUAAUUUUCUAUGCUCAUUGGUACGAAUCUUCUAUUUUGUUUAACAUUACCUUUUCUCUUGUAUUGAUAAGUCAGUUCAAUUAAAAUCCUUUUGAGAUAAUAA